AUGGAUAUUUGGUACGGUCGACCCACCUCAGCAGUGUGCUGUGAGAAAGCUGUUUUCGCUGGGAUCAGUAAUAGACAUAGAGAUGGGUCCCUCCCACAUAUGAGAACGUUGAGGCUGCACGGAAUGGAGAAGCUUAUGCGUCUCUGGGACACCCAACCAGCUGGCCAACAGUUUCCAAAGUUGGAAAUUCUAGAGGUGAAGUUUUGUGGAUUGAAUAAUCUAGAGUUGUCUUCAUUACCCUUCCAGAAUCUAACAAGUUUAGAAGUAACCUUUUGCUGGAGAUUGCAAUACUUGACAACUUAUUCAGUAGCUGGAAGUGCAAAGCAACUCAAAAAACUGAAGGUUGAUGAAUGUAAAAGUAUGAAACAAAUCUUGGCAAGUGAAGGAAUCGGAGAAGAUGAUAGUAAUUGUGAGAUUUUAUUUGAACAGUUGCAACAUUUGGAACUCAGUGAUUUAGUAGAUUUGGAACGCUUUUGCUCGAACAAUUGCACUGUGAAGGUCCCAAAAUUGGGAACUUUAGAGGUAAAUUGGUGCUCGAUCAAGUUGAAGGUUUCCUCUGGUAUACUAGAAGUCGAUUCCAAUAUGCAUCUGGAUGUACAAAAGUCACAUUCUAGUAAACAGGCUUUCAAUACCACUGAGUCUGCUUCUGCUUCUAGCUCGGAAAAAAGUCAGAAACAUCUUGCCACAAAUGCCUCUGAAGGAGCUGAACAUAUUGAGUUCAGUGCACAGGAACUCCAUGAUGACAGCCUUACAGAUGAGCUGAACAAACACGGGCCUCUAUUGCCUGCUGGCAUUACCAAAAGUGAACACGGAGUUGAAGGUGUGAUUCAAGAAACUCCUAUCAAUUUUCAAAACAUGGAGCAUCAUGAGGUUAUGGGCCUAAAUCUGAAGCAAAUCGUCACCAAUACUUCAAAGAAAAUUCAGGAGGCUGAUUUUGGCAUGCAAGAGACCCUCAUUGAACCUUUGAAUGCAAAAGAAGCAUGUCGAAGCUUGAUGCAGACAUCAGACGUUUGGAGGAAGAAUUAA